GCUCUCUCCCAUCCCCCCAAGCCAGUACCUCUGCUGCGCAGCUCCCUUAGCGGUUGCCACCGCUGGAGACGGUUGGAAGAACCGUUGUGGGAGCUCUACCCGAGGCGGGCGACUUCUACUUCCUCACAGCCAGGCCCCGCGAGCACCGGAGUCGGCGCUACUGUCGCCCGACAGGGUAUCUGAAGUAAAAGGGGCAUUUAAAUCAAACGGUAUUGAGAUGGAUUGGGUUAUGAAACAUAAUGGUCCAAAUGACGCUAGUGAUGGGACAGUACGACUUCGUGGACUGCCAUUUGGUUGCAGCAAAGAGGAAAUAGUUCAGUUCUUUCAAGGGUUGGAAAUCGUGCCAAAUGGGAUAACAUUGACGAUGGACUACCAGGGGAGAAGCACAGGGGAGGCCUUCGUGCAGUUUGCUUCAAAGGAGAUAGCAGAAAAUGCUCUGGGGAAACACAAGGAAAGAAUAGGGCACAGGUAUAUUGAGAUCUUCAGAAGUAGCAGGAGUGAAAUCAAAGGAUUUUAUGAUCCACCAAGAAGAUUGCUGGGCCAGCGACCAGGACCAUAUGAUAGACCAAUAGGAGGAAGAGGGGGUUAUUAUGGAGCUGGGCGUGGAAGUAUGUAUGACAGAAUGCGACGAGGAGGUGAUGGAUAUGAUGGUGGUUAUGGAGGUUUUGAUGACUAUGGUGGCUAUAAUAAUUACGGCUAUGGAAAUGAUGGCUUUGAUGACAGAAUGAGAGAUGGAAGAGGUAUGGGAGGACAUGGUUAUGGUGGAGCUGGUGAUGCAAGUUCGGGUUUUCAUGGUGGUCAUUUUGUACAUAUGAGAGGACUGCCUUUUCGUGCAACUGAAAAUGAUAUUGCUAAUUUCUUCUCACCACUAAAUCCAAUCCGAGUGCAUAUUGAUAUUGGAGCUGAUGGCAGAGCAACAGGAGAAGCAGAUGUAGAGUUUGUGACACAUGAAGAUGCGGUAGCUGCCAUGUCUAAAGAUAAGAAUAACAUGCAACAUCGAUACAUUGAACUUUUCUUGAAUUCAACGCCUGGAGGCGGCUCUGGAAUGGGAGGUUCUGGAAUGGGAGGCUACGGCAGAGAUGGAAUGGAUAAUCAGGGAGGCUAUGGCUCUGUUGGAAGAAUGGGAAUGGGGAACAAUUACAGUGGAGGAUAUGGUACUCCUGAUGGCUUGGGUGGUUAUGGCCGUGGUGGUGGAGGCAGUGGCGGUUAUUAUGGGCAAGGUGGCAUGAGUGGAGGUGGAUGGCGUGGGAUGUACUAAAAGCAUAACCACACACAUAAAAGUCCUGACAACAGCAUCUGGUCUACUAGACUUUCUUACAGAAUUACUUUCUUUUGUAUUUUAAGAACUUUAUAAUGACUGAAGGAAUGUGUUUUCAAAAUAUUAUUUGGUAAAGCAACAGAUUGUGAUGGGAAAAUCUGUUUUCUGUAGGUUUUAUUUGUUGCAUACUUUGACUUAAAAAAAUAAAUUUUUAUAUUCAAACCACUGAUGUUGAUACUUUUUAUAUACUAGUUACUCCUGAGGAUGUGCUGCUUUCAUAAGAUUUGGGUUGAUGCAUUUUACUGUUAGCUUUAAAGAAGUAGUUUAGUGUAAUCUUGCAUAAACUACAAGUCUUAAUAAGCAGACAUCUGGAAUAGAGCUUGGAGAAUAAUUAGUGUUACUCUUUAAUUUCUCCUGGACAACACUGUAAAUAUAAAACCUAAAGAUGAGUUUAGGUGACUUCAGGAGUAUAAAUUCAGCUAAUUCUAUAUUUUCAGACAUUUAUCUGGCAUAGCUCUGAAACGUUAGAAAUCCAGGAGGUAUCUGGACUUAAAUGUAUAUUCAUAACUCUGUUACCUGCAGAUGAAACUGUUGGAAGUUUAGAUUCUAGCUCUAGACUUUAGAAGAAAUAAAUCCCCUCAGCACUUGACUGAAGUACCAAAAAAAUGUUUCCCAAAAGUGAUAGUUGUAAGUUCUUAAAAUGUCUUAGACUAGGUUAAGGUUCUCGGUGACAUGAGAUUCACAAGUACAAAGGUAUUUACCGUGGAGUAUAAUUCUCACAGGUGUAUUCAGUUUCCAGCCAAAUAGUUAAAAGCAUAUGGCUUUUUAAAUAACUGUAUAUAGAUGACUACUUUUUAAAAUGUAAGACACAAGUCUGUGUCUUGAGAGUCUUGAGAUUGGAUUUUGCAUCUAAUUUGUUUCGAGUUUUAGAGCCAUUGUAUUUAAUAAUUUUAUGUAGCAAGGAAAAAAGGUGCUUUACUUUUAAUCCCUUUGAUCAAUAUGGCUUUUCUUCCGAAUUGGCUAAUGGAUCAAAAUGAAACCUGUCAAUGUGAAUUCAGUUAUUGAACUUGUUACUUGUUUUUGCUAGAAAUGUUAUUAAUGUAAUAAAUGUCAGUG